UUGUAAGAAAAUGGCAGACAAGCCGGACAUGGGGGAAAUCGCCAGCUUCGAUAAGGCCAAGCUGAAGAAAACCGAGAUGCAGGAGAAGAACACCCUGCCUACCAAAGAGACCAUUGAACAGAAAAAGAGGAGUGGAAUCUCCUAA